UUAUUGCCGAACCGACGCGCACCGAAUGCCGGCUGUUGGCAUACGCCUCCCGAUCUCCCUCCUAGGCCUAUAAAAAGCCAAGUCUGAGCGCGUCACAUCGAGCCCCUACCGUUCCUCCAUCAUUAUCCUAUCUAUAGGUUUUCCCUUAGAGCUCUGUGCAUCUCGCUCCAUGGCCGUCUUCCUCAGCCGGUCGCCGCCUUCAUUGUUGAAGGUGAGCUCGCUCCGAAGCUCCAUUCCUCGAUUCCUUGGACCUGUAGACUCUUGUAAUUCCCCUCUGUCUAUUUGACAAGGUUGUGCGAGCCAUGGAUCCCUUUGGCCGCGUUUUCCCUGACGCCAUGCCGGAACCACGGCCGGAGCUCCGCCCGUCGCCGCCGUUUCGCGACGCCCCGAAGGCCAGAACCGACUCCCUGGACUUCAACGUGACCUCCCGGAUUUCCUCCACGACAUCAUCGUCUCAUCCAUCCAGUCGACCACUCCCUCGCCGUGUCCCUCAACUCCGGCCAACUCCUGUCCUCGAUCAUGUCAGUCUCUACACCUUCGAUCACCUUGUGCACUUCAUAUGGUUGGUAUGCAGUACUGAAUCGACAACCAAAAAGUGAAUUCACAGAACCUUUGUAUUGAUUAGGUCUAAACCAAGGAUUAGCCUAACAGUUCAUAUACACUGUUUAGUAGAUUAUUCGGAGUGCGAUUGUCCUGGUUACCAUGAAGAAGUUGAUCUACACUAUGGCCAAGUUUACUGAUCAUGGAUUUCAAAACCCAAGGAUCCUCCCUGAAGGUACUGGUAAUUGAGGAUUGUGAAUUUCAGAGUUGGGUUCUCCUGGCAAAGCUACGAAGGUUUAGCUGCCAGACAACUCGGGCAAAGAACGGUAGAGAAGCUGUGGAUCUGUACCUUGAAGGCAAGAAAUUCGAUAUUAUUCUGUGUGACAAGGAGAUGCCCAUAAUGAAAGGCCCAGAGGCAAUAGUAAAGAUCCGUUCUAUGGGAUCUACUAUGGGAUCUACUGAGGUGAAGAUUGUUGGUAUGUCUGCUGAUUCUAAUGCCACAGAGGAGUUCAUGAGUGUUGGGGCAGAUAUGUUUGUGCCCAAGCCAAUGGAUUUUGAGGUCCUCGAGGCUAUAAUCAAGGAGGUCAUCAACAAGAAGAACAAUGGCGUGGUGUAAGCUUGUUGUUUCCUGAUGGAGGAAUAAAUGUCUACAGCUCUUAUAUGUGUGCUUGUGUGUUUACAAUAUCUCAUGGUUUUAUUAUUUUGUGUCAGUUUCUAUGGUUUUAUUUUCUGAGUGUACUUUGUUUAUGAGGUUAUAUUCAGGACUAUGGUUGGUGUGUCGAGAUUUUCUACUUAAGUAGAGCUGUAUGCAUGGGUUGUAUU